AUGCCGCCUCGCUUGCUUUCCCGCGCUCUGGCGCUUCUGGCCCUGGCAAGUGCACAGAACGACUCCAAUGGCAGCGACUUCGAGAAUGCAGAGUUCAACUACACCAACCGCUCCCAAGUUUCGCUUUCUGCCUGUCCGCCACGCUCGACCGAGAGCGAUGAGGCCCUUGCAGCCACGGGGCUCACGGGCCCGGAGCUCUGGGGCAACGGCCUCGACCCCGGCCCGAGCUCCUUCGAAGACCGGUCCGCCGCGUACGCUGAGUGGCGCACGAGCGUGGCGCCGGAGCGUCAGCGCUUCGCUCGUCUGGGGCCCUCCGGGCCUCCAACCUUUGCAGGGAGGCGCCUGGCCGUGUCCCUGGCGCGGGGGCUGGGCUGCAACGUGUGCCAGCAGCUGCUCAAUGUGCUCUGGGACCGGCUUCAUCGGCCCUCGGCCACGAACAUGGGGGAAUUCCUGGACAGAGGCUGCCCGGCCCUGGUGAAGGAUCACCUUCUCAAGGAGGGCUGGGCGCCCAACAGCGGGAGCAGCUGCGCCGGAGCUAGAACCCUGGCGGCGGACGGCGAACCCUGGUGCCUGAUCCAGGAUCCCUUGUCUUCGAUCGCAGAGCACCCGCACCUCGCGGAGAACUACGACCCGGGCGCCGACUCGCUGAUCCUGGCCUGUGAGAACACCAUCGCCAAGAACCGUGGCCGGGUCAUCACCUACCUCACGGCCUUCCGGGACGGGGCUCCGGCACGAGCCCGGAACGAGUACCUGAUGAGGGCUGCCUGUGUGGAAGCGGCCUGCUGCUCUUCCUUUUAG